CAGCACGAAUCACGUACCCGUUCGGGUACGAUAGAUCCUUGGCCGAAGACCAGCAUCAAGAUAAAGUCAGUGGGAGCUGUACCCAAGGAUGCGCAGGAACGGGUGGUGCUGUUAGUGGUGGAUAACAACUCGUUGGAGGGACCAGCGAGCGGCGAGGAAGGGGGCCACGUAAACGGCCCCCGAAAGGGCCCGCUGGAUGGUCUAGCCUGCGAGCAACCAUCGAGACCUAGCCGGCAAGAGGGCGAGUACAUCCGGUCGAUCGAAACGCAGGGGCCCGGUACUGUCUUUGGUCCAGAUCUGGCCGCAGUGGACACCGUGCUGGGGUCCACCGGUGAACGUAUAGAACUUGAUGAGAGGACCGGGAACAAAAUCAAGCGGUCACAAAGCCCCAUAGUGUCGGCAGUCGACGAUCACGAUUCGAUCUUGGUACAUUGCAAACGUCAUCCGGAGAGAUUCAACGGCGCAGCCUUGGAGCUACGAUCGACCGGCGACAGUUCCGACGCGCGCUCAAAGCGUUCGACAAAGACGUUGGACAACGACAACGACAACGACAACGACAACGACGACGAGCAACCGGCGAGAAGAACUUGUGCGGCGCAUCGACACAGAGUGUCCUGUCACGUAGCGCGAGCCCACACGGAGCCGUCCUGCCGAAGAGGCGCGAACCGAAGCCGACCCUGUCGCGUUCAUGAUCGCCGGCGGGACUGCUCGAGAGGGAAGUCGACGGAGAGACCGGAACACCGGCAUCUGAGACUCCACGAUCCGGAGGACGCCAUCGUACGGCUAGAGCAAGAUCCGAUACUUCGCCCGGUGCGCAUUCUUGGUUGUCCUCCCGCGGAGGGUCAGGAGAUAUCCUCCUACCUGGAGCCGGCCGGACCUAGUUACGUUUACACGGGUGUAGGCGUGGGCCAGUUCGGCGGUGAACCGCACUGCUUCGCUCUGCACAAUCCGGACAAUAUUCUGCCCAAGAGCCGCGCCGGCAGCAUCGCCAGACUCCUCGACGGGCCAAAUCGCGCCGUGAAGGACAUCAAUCGCAAGGUCCUGGCGAUGGCGCGUGCCAUGACGCCCGCCUGGUCGCUGCGCCUGCUCGGCGUCAGCUGCGGUUCCGUGGUUUGCGCCUGGGGACUUUUGCUGAUAUUAUCCGUGCUUGGUGGCGGUGCCUCGCAUGGCACCGGCAUCGGUAGCUUCGGUCUCGGUAGUAUGACGGGUACGAUGGACGAUUUGAACGGCGUUAGGUGUCCUUGGGCGUGCACGUGCGGCGGACAGGAGGUCGAUUGCUCUCAUCGCGGACUCACGCAGAUCCCUGGCGACCUGGCGAGCUUGCUCAUCGCGGAAAAACUAGAUCUUCAGGGAAAUAAUGUAUCGGUGAUAUUCAAGACAGAUUUUGAAGACAUGGCAACAUUACACGUUUUAUUGUUAUCCAACAAUCAAAUACAUACCAUCGAAAGAGGAGCUUUCCAAGACUUGGUGGCGGUGGAAAAACUACGGUUAAACAAUAAUCAAAUACGUCACUUGCCCGAUCUUCUCUUCAGUAAUAUGAUGAAUUUAAAACGCCUAGAUCUCAGUCACAAUCAGAUCGCCACCAUAGGACCGAAGACUCUCAGAGGAGUGUCCGCUCUCAGACAUUUAUUACUUGAUAACAAUGUGCUGACCUGUGUAGACGAGGCUUCGAUACGAGAAUUGAAAGAUUUGGAAAUAUUGAUGCUGAACAAUAACAAACUUGUAUCACUCGGCAAGGAGAUGUUGAACGGCUUGUCGCAUUUGCGAACUUUGAAGCUUGCGGACAACGCUCUCGCUUGCGAUUGCCAUUUAGCAUGGUUAUCGCGUCAUUUGAAGACUUAUCCUCGCCUAGGGCAACACACACGAUGCGCAUCUCCUGCUCAUCUCAAGGAUCGCAAUCUCGCCGAUUUACAGGAGCACGAGUUCAAGUGUUCAGGCCUGGUCGAGCGAACGGGAUCGGAAUGCAGCGCUGAACCCCAAUGCCCGCAUCCUUGUAAAUGCGCUGAUGGGAUCGUCGAUUGCAGAGAGAACUCCUUGACGAAAGUGCCAACCCACCUUCCCGAGGACACCACUGAGUUGCGGCUGGAGCAGAACGGCAUUACGGAAAUCCCACCCAAAGCUUUCUCACCAUAUAGGAAAAUAAGAAGAAUUGACCUGAGCAACAACCAGAUAAAAAAGGUAGCAGCCGAUGCUUUCCACGGAUUGAAGUCCCUCGAAUCCCUAGUUCUAUACGGCAACAAAAUCACGGAGCUGCCAGCUGGUCUUUUCCAAGGCCUAACAAAUUUGCAAUUAUUGUUACUGAAUGCCAAUGAGAUAUCAUGCAUACGAACAGACCUGUUCAAAGACUUAACCAGUCUCACCUUACUGUCUCUAUACGACAACAAUAUACGCUCGUUAGCUAAUGGGACUUUUGCCAACCUGCGAAGCAUUAAAACAUUACAUUUGGCGAGGAAUCCAUUCAUCUGCGAUUGCAAUCUACGCUGGCUGAGCGCGUAUCUUCAUGCGCAUCCUAUAGAGACAUCCGGCGCUAAAUGCGAAACGCCAAAAAGAGCGCAGAAACGGAAGAUCGAUUCGAUGCGGGACGACAAGUUCAAAUGUAAGGGUGAUGAGGAGCUGUUAACAAAAAGGGCCGGUGAAUGCAUUUUGCCUGGCGCUUGCCCCGCGCCGUGCACAUGCAACGGCGCAACGGUCGAUUGUUCCAACAAGAGAUUAACUGCGAUACCGAAGGACUUGCCGCUUUACACGUCGACUUUGUUGUUGAGCAACAAUGAACUGGACAAGAUUAAAGCAGAUGGCCUUUUCGAGAAGCUGCCGGAACUGCAGCAUCUGGAUCUCAGGAAAAAUAAAAUCUCUCGCAUCGAGGCGUCCGCCUUUCAAGGAGCUCACAACCUCACCGACCUGCUUUUGUCCGAGAAUAGGCUGCGAGAAGUGCACAACAAGAUGUUCUCCGACCUACCGAGCCUUAAAACACUGAAUCUCCAUGGUAAUACCAUUACAUGCGUUAUGCCGGGAUCGUUCGAUGGAAUGCCGCACAUACGCGCCAUCAACAUGCAAGGUAACCCGCUAUCAUGCAACUGCUAUCUCGCGUGGUUCGCCGGAUGGCUGAGGAAACGAGAUAUCGUUGGAAUCACUGGUCGUUGUCACGAUCCCUCGCGAUUAAAGGAUGCCAUCAUCAAGGACAUUCCGCAUCACGAAUUCAAAUGCAACAACGACAGCGUGGGUUGCCUAGGCGACGAUUACUGCCCGCCUCAAUGUAAUUGCGCGGGUUCGGUGGUGAGAUGUUCGAGGUCUCAGCUUACAGAGAUUCCACGCGGGAUUCCACCGGAAACCACCGAGCUGUAUUUGGACGUGAACGACAUCAAGACGAUCCAGCCGGAGAGGCUGAACCACCUGAGGAUUCUCACCAGACUGGAUCUGAGCAACAACCAGAUCGGAAUGCUGUCCAACGAUACCUUCAGGAAUCUCACGAAGCUCUCGCACCUAAUCAUCAGUUACAAUAAGCUGCAGUGCGUGCAACGAAAUGCUCUCGCGGGAUUAAAGAACCUGCGAAUAAUUUCGCUGCAUGGCAACGACAUAUCGGUCAUCCCAGAGGGAGCAUUCGAGGAUCUCAAGUCUAUAACACAUCUCGCCCUAGGGUCCAACCCGCUUUACUGCGAUUGCAGCAUGCGAUGGUUGGCCGAAUGGGUGAAGAAAGACUACGUGGAGCCUGGCAUAGCCAGGUGCAUGGAACCUCCUGCGAUGAGAGACAAAUUGCUCUUGACGACGCCGGCUAGUGCCUUUCAAUGCAAAACCAAGCAGCAGCCAGCCGAAGUCUUGGCCAAGUGCGACCUGUGUUACACCUCGCCAUGCGAAAACGGAGGAUUUUGUGAGGCGCUUCCGGACCGGCAGUUCCGUUGCAAGUGCACGCCAGGAUAUCACGGGGACCGGUGUCAGCAUAAAAUUGACGCGUGCUAUGGAAAUCCUUGCAGGAACUCCGGAACUUGCAAAGUACUGGAGGAAGGAAGAUUCAGUUGCGACUGCGCCCCCGGGUACAAGGGACUUCGAUGUGAGAGCAACGUCGACGACUGUGCCAACAACAGGUGCGCUAACAACGCAACCUGCGUCGACCUCGUACAGGCCUAUCGAUGCGACUGCGCCCCAGGAUUCAUGGGAGAAUACUGCGAGGAGAAGAUACCCUUUUGCACAAAGGGGCACGACCCCUGCGAGAACGGAGGCCGAUGCGUCGACCAUAAGACCCACUACAGCUGCGAAUGCCCAGUCGGCUUCACCGGCCUCAAUUGUUCCACAAACUUGGAUGACUGUGUCGAUCAUAUGUGCCAGAACGGUGCUACUUGCAUUGACGGCAUAAACAAUUAUGAAUGUAAGUGCGCGGCGGAGUAUACUGGGAGGUACUGCGAGGCUGCACCCUCGACAGCCAUGCUGUAUCCACAGACAAGUCCGUGUGCCCACCACGACUGUCAGCAUGGUGCCUGCUUCCAGCCCGCUCCCGCCUCCGCCGCGGACUAUCUUUGCCAGUGCCACCCCGGCUACACCGGAAAACGAUGCGAGUACCUGACGAGUCUGAGCUUCGUGGACAAUAGCUCGCUGGUCGAGCUGGAACCGCUACGCACGAGGCCCGAGGCAAAUGUGACCAUCAUAUUCACGACCACGCAGGAAAACGGGGUUCUUCUCUAUGACGGGCAAAACGACGGGCACAUCGCCGUCGAGCUCUUUAAUGGGCGGGUCAGGGUUUCGUACGACGUGGGUAAUUAUCCUACCUCGACGAUGUACAGCUACGAGAUGGUGGCCGAUGGCAAGUCUCACAUGGCGGAGCUUCUGGCGAUCAAGAAAAAUUUCACAAUGAGGGUCGACCGAGGUCCCGCCAGGAGCAUCAUCAACGAGGGUCCGAAGGAAUACCUCAAGCUUGUCACGCCAAUGUACGUCGGUGGCGUAGCGCCGGAAGUUGCUAAAGUCGCAUUUACCGAGUUUCACCUCAGAAACAUUACGAGCUUCCAAGGCUGCAUCUCCGAGAUGUGGAUCAAUCAUAAGUUGGUAGACUUCAGCAACGCCGCAAAGAUGCAUCGCGUUACUCCCGGAUGUGCUGCUAGCGAAGAGGAGGCCGAUGAAGCGAGAGAUAUUGUUGAAGCCGAGGGAAUUAACAAUAGUGGCAGUAACGAGGAGUCUAUGCCGCAAGAGCAUAUACCUCGCGAACAUUCUGACGUUAUAAUAUCGGUAACUGGAUUGGUGCCUUCUCACGCAUGUAUCGGACAUGAGUGCAGAAAAGGAUCUCAAUGCAUACCGUCGCCAUUUGGCAAUAGCUAUUCUUGUCGAUGUCAAACUGGCUGGCAAGGACGAUACUGCGAGAAAGCACCGACGUGUCGCAAGGAGCAUACCAGGGAGUACUAUAGCGAGAAUGGAUGUCGGAGUCGACGACCCGUGAAGCUUGCUAAAUGUUGGGGAAGUUGCGGCAAUUCCUGCUGUUUACCGCGGAAGACUAAGCGGCGCAAGGUCCGAUUAAUUUGCGCGGACGGCAUGCGGUACACUAAGGACGUUGACCUGGUGCGUAAGUGCACGUGUACCCGCAAAUGUUACUAGCCAGUCGACGCAUCGCGGCCCGAGUCUCACCGGCGCGCGUCGAGACGUAAAACGAGACCGAGAAGAAACCCCCGGAUCCGAAGCGGCACUCCCGCGCGUGCUUCCACGUGCCUUCGGAGGUGACGAAGGGAACGGCAACGGGGUGGCGAGGGCGAACGCCGCGCGAGACGGGCCCUCGGCAUCCCUGUGCGAGACCACCAUCGCGAGACGCACGUGGGCGAGAAAGUGCGUGAGGAAGUGCAGGCCAAAACUAGAUGGACACACACACAUAGCCGGCUCAGUGUGAUAUGUAUUAUUAAAAGAAAAAAA